UGACACACGCUUAUGAAAAAGAAAAAAAAAAGUUAGCCACACACACACGUAUAUAAACAAAAAUAUUUUUUGCUUCAUUUCUUGUUAUAAAUAUCCUCGAGUGUGUACGAACAAUCCUCAUAUAUAAUAUGGAAAAAAAAACUCUCUUCAUUGCAAUCUGUUUCCUAACAACCCUUCACUUUCUACAACCUCAAAUAGCUUCUGGAUUGACCAAAAGAAAGAUAGUGACGGUGCUGAGCAUAGAUGGAGGUGGCAUUAGAGGCAUCAUUCCCGGUACCCUCCUCGCUAAUCUUGAAUCAAGGCUUCAGGAACUUGAUGGACCUAGUGCAAGAAUUGCAGAUUAUUUCGAUGUAAUUGCUGGGACUAGCACUGGCGGGCUUGUCACCACCAUGCUUGCAGCUCCCGACAAGAGCAACCGGCCUCUGUAUGCUGCAAAGGACAUCAACAAUUUCUACUUACAACACGCCCCCGAGAUCUUCCCUCAGAGCAGUCGCAACAGCUUCGUGGACAAGGUGACAGGUUUGAUUGGCGCGGUCUCAGGGCCAAAGUAUGAUGGGAAGUACUUAAAAUCAAUAGUAAAGGAGAUACUAGGUAACCUUACUAUCAACCAGACCCUAACAAAUGUGGUCAUACCAGCUUUUGAUAUCAAACACCUCCAGCCAAUUAUCUUCACCACCAGUAAUGGCAAAAUGAAUGUUUCCAAGAAUGCCCUGCUAUCGGAUAUCUGCCUCAGCACCUCUGCAGCCCCUACCUAUUUCCCAGCACACUACUUCGAGACUAAGGAUGCUGAGGGAAAGACGCGCACUUUUGAUCUCAUCGAUGGUGGGGUUGCUGCAAAUAAUCCAACCCUAAUGGCAAUAAGCCACAUCACAAAAGAAAUAUUAUUGGGUAACUAUGAAUUCGUUGACAUGGAACCGACGGAAACCAGGAGGAUGCUAGUCCUUUCAUUGGGCACCGGUACAGCCAAGCGAGAAGAGAAGUACAAUGCAACCAUAGCCUCCGGGUGGGGAUUGCUCAGUUGGGUUUAUGACGAUGGUGCAACACCAUUGAUUGACGUUUAUAGCGACGCGAGCUCUGAUAUGGUUGACAUCCAUGUCUCAACUCUCUUCCAAGCCCUGCAUGCCCAGAACAACUACCUUCGCAUUCAGGAUGACACGUUGAGCGGUAACUUAUCCUCUGUUGAUAUUGCAACGAAGGAGAAUCUGGAAGGGCUUGUAAAGAUUGGAGAGAAUCUGUUAAAGAAACCAGUGUCGAGGAUAAAUAUGGAAACAGGUCAGUUUGAGGCCGUUGAGGGAGAAGGUACUAAUGAAGAAGCUCUUAGGCACUUUGCGAAACUGCUUUCAGAUGAAAGAAAGUUCCGUACCACUUAAAUAUUAAUUGAAAGUUCCGUACCACUUAAAUAUUAAUUGCAGAGAUGUAUAUUAAAGUGGUUUAAGAAACAACUUCCAAAUAACUGUUCCAUUUGUUUUUUCAAUAGCAAAGAGAGAAUAAUAAAUUCUUAUGUAACUUACCCAAAAAUAAAUAAAUUCUUAUGUAAUUGCUUAAUUUGUUCCAUUUUUUUUUU